AUGAUAAUGCUUAUACUCGUGAUUUUGCGCAAUGAAACCUUAAGGCACGGAUCGGGAUUGUUAAUAGCCCAUUUGUUGUUCGUCAAUGUGAUCAUUUGCGGCUGCACACAUCCGAUCUACAUACUUGACCUUUUCGCCAAAGUGUCCAACCUAAACUUCCCGAUGAAAAUCAGCUGCACACCAUUCAUGUACAUUCAUCUCAGUUUCUUUCGAACCGAAUGCUUUGCUUCGCUGGUAGUGGUGGCGAACCGAUUUAUCGCGGUUGUCUAUCCUCAUAACUAUCAUUGGCUGACGACAAAACCGGCCUUAAUAAGUGCAGUAAUUUUCAGUUGGGCUUGUGGAUUUGCGGUAUAUAUUCCGGCCUUAUUCGGCUUCGGUCAGUUAUUUGGGAAAUUUCCACCGUUUUACAACUGUGGAGGUCAAUCCAACGGUGAUGGAUGGUCACCAAUUCUGGGAGUUGUUGGGACGUACAUUCCUCUGGGUUUACAAGGGGCCUUAUAUUUAAUUAUUGCCUUAAAAGUGUUAUGUUCACGGGAGACUGCGCAGACUCAACGAAUGCAGAAGCGAAUUGCCAUCGCUAAAAUGCUGUGCGGAUCGUUUCUUUUUUACGCUUGUUGUUUCAUACCAAUGACGGUUGUGACGCUGUUCUUUCCCUAUGUGAUGUUGCGUCAGCCAGCUGUGAUUGUCUGGCUGACGACGCUGCAGAUACUAGGAUACAGUGGACACCCGGUGAGGGCCUUCAAGUGA